CCGGAUCUGUCUCUUGCUUCAACAGUGUUUGGACGGAACAGACCCAGGGUCGCCCUUUCCUCCAGCUUCCGACCACCCCCCAACCUUCGGAGUCAGCAACUCAGCUAUCCUCGGUCACCGGGACCAGCCAACACCAUUUUUUGAGCCGAACUCCUUAUUACCGAUCAACCAUGAGCUCCCAGAUUCGUCAGAAUUAUUCCACCGAGGUGGAGGCCGCCGUCAACCGCCUGGUCAACAUGCAUCUGCGGGCCUCCUACACCUACCUCUCUCUGGGCUUCUAUUUCGACCGCGACGAUGUGGCUCUGCAGGGCGUGGGCCACUUUUUCCGCGAAUUGGCCGAAGAGAAGCACGAGAGCGCCGAGCGUCUCUUGAAAAUGCAAAACCAACACGGCGGCCGCGCCCUCUUCCAGGACUUGCAGAAGCCAUCUCAAGAUGAGUGGGGUAAAACUCAGGACGCUAUGGAAGCCGCCAUUAACACGGAGAAGAACCUGACCCAGGCCCUUCUCGAUCUGCAUGCCCUGGCUUGUGCCCGUGCAGACCCCCACCUCUGCGACUUCCUGGAGAGCCACUUCCUAGAUGAGGAGGUGAAACUCAUCAAGAAGAUGGGAGAAAAUGCUGAGGGGAAGCAAGAGCAAAGGUAUCGGAACAUAGACAAUUUACCAAACGUAGACAUUCCCGAGUCUCUCCUCCUUCCACAGAAAUCAAAAGUGAAAACAGCUCAAUACGCCAGAGGGCCAUGUUCCAGGUCAGAGAUGGCGGCUGCUCCUUUCCUGUCUGGUCGUGGAAACGUGGAGGUUUACACCCAGGGCAUUGAGCCAAUGCCCCAUAAUUCACUAGGGCAGGUGCUGGAACUUCAGCUCUGUGCACAGAACUGGCGGCCAAGCUUCACUGACCUAAUGGGCUCCACGGACUUAGCUAUGGGGGUCUAG